AUGGAUAGCAACAAAUUUUUCACUACAUUCGCGAACGCAACAAAUACUUCAAAUGCUACAACUGGAAUUGAACGUACACCCCAACUUUCUGCCCGAUCGUACCAAGUUGAUAUCGCCUUUGUUGUCGUCUUUUGCAUCCUUGCUUUGAUGAUUGUGUUUGGAAACUCGCUGGUGAUUGGUGCAUUUCAAGUCAACCCACGACUUCGCACAGCAAGUAAUAUGCUAUUGAUAUCAUUAGCAACCGCUGACAUACUGAUCGGAACAAUUACCGUGCCGCUGUAUGUUUAUAUAUCAGUAACAAACGACCAUCAAUUACACACCGUUUAUCUGAUCUUUGACAUCAUCUGUGGAGUGUCUUCGGUUCUUAAUCUCACAGCCAUAAGCUUGGAGAGAUGUUACGCUCUGAUUUAUCCAAUAAAGCAUCGCAUUAUCAGCAAACGUAUGUCGAGCAAAAUAUUUUAUUUCUAAUUAUUUCUUACUGAAAUUGCACAACCGAGGCUAGAGAUGUUGGUGCCAAUACCCUCAAAGGUUUUCUUCCUUGAUUUUAAACACCAUUUCUUUUUUUUCUUGAUGACCACUUUGGCCCCGUCUACACUACUGCGUUUUCGUUUUGAAACGCAAAAAAUUUCGAUGCGUUUAGGCUUCUCCAUCCAAACUAAUACACUAAUCGUUUUCAUCGAAAACGCAUCGAUUUGAAAACGCUCUAGAAACUGGAUCAAAACCAAAAUGCAUACAUAUCGUGUUACUGUGGACGGUGGCUUAGCUUGGAAAUUUGCGAUUUUGAUACAAGGUCCAAACUUUGUAGGAACAUUAUACAUUCUCAUACUAGUCAUAUCCAGAUAUAGUGCCAAAUGAAAUUUUCUAAUUUCAGCUAGUUAGAAGCUAGUAAAAUUUUCGGACGCCAGAGCCCCCGCGAAGUACAUUUCUUGCUGUUUUUUUGUGAUUUAAUACACGUUUCCUUUCAAAAUACAUAUUCAAAUGCUUAAAUUUGGAGUCAAAUUGUUAUUUUCUUCUCUUCUUUUUGAUGCUAAUAAUUUUAAUUUUCUCGGAAAAUUAUUUGAAUACAGGCCUUAAUUUGGAAUUUAUCUGCGCGUGCUUUUUCUCCAUUUUCUCUUGGUUUUCACUUUGAAUUUGGUACAUGCGACUCGAUCGAACAGGCCGGUUUGUUCAGAGAACAAAAAAAAAAUGGGUUGACGAGAAGACGUGGAAAUCAUGCAGCAACAUCAAACUAUUGACUGGUUAAAAUGUAUUAUUUGCCAGAAAGAAGGGCCAAAAACUAAAUGUCAGUCAACCGGGAAGCCAAGUCAGGCUGCAUUAACAUUACUCAGCUUCUUAAAUUCAAUAGCGUGAAGCACACCCGUAAAACAGAAGAGUGUACUCGGCUUGUCAAAAGUCAAGAGACUCCAUUACCAGUUCACAUCGGUGUGAUGUUUUAUUUGAAAACACGCAAGAGCGAUCUUAUAGACAGUCUAUAUUCACUUGGCAUGUCAAUUUCGUACGAUGAAAUGCUAGGAUUGUCGUCAGAUAUGGCAAACAGUGAACACUUCAAGGAGACGGACACCUUAUGCUCUCCAAACUUAAGAACAAACGUAUUCACUACAGCCGCGGUUGAUAAUCUCGACCCCAACACUUCGUCGACAAAGGCAGUAAGUUCAUUUCAUGUCACCAGCAUUUCACUAAUACAGCACCCAUAACUGUGGGAGGGGAAGGUGUGGAAAACGCAAGCUUUAAGCAAAGAAAUGUGUCUGCAUCAAAGACUACACGUCCACUGCCAUCCAGCUACAUAUAUUUACCCCCGUCGUCAUGUCAAAAAUUAAACAAGGUGGUUUAAGAGUGCCAAGUAUGCAGUGUAAUGUAAACGGUGAUGACGAAGCAUUAUCGCUGACCACAAUAAAAGAGACUGAAUGGCUCAACCAUAUGAGGCAGAAUGUAGAAGACCACCAACACAGAGAGAGAGAGAGAGAGAGAGAGAGAGAGAGAGAGAGAGAGAGAGAGAGAGAGAGAGAGAGAGAGAGAGAGAGAGAGAGAGAGAGAGAGAGAGAGAGACAAAGAGGAUAUACAACCCACUGUUGCCAAGCAAGCUGGAAAUGGAAAAGCCCCUAACAAGAACACAACAGCAAUAGUAUCAUGGUCUGCUUACCACGGAGAACGACAGAAACGCGAAAACGCACGAUGCCAGAGUUCGUUGCUGCCUCUUUUUGCAGAAGCGGCUCACUCUAUAGCCAUGAUCAAGCAUACCAUAACUGUUGCUAUGAAAGCUGUUGAACACCUCAACCAAGAGCAAGCCGUAGUUAUGGCAUUCGAUCAACCCAUACGUGGUUUAGCUAAAGAAAUACAAUGGAGAUAUGCAGACACCAUGGGAGAGGAUAAGCUGGUGGUUAUGCUUGGUGGACUUCUCAUAGAGUUAGCCGUUCUCAAAGCAAUAGGAUCAUGGCUGUUGGGAAGCGGAUGGACAGAGGCUAUUGCUCAAGCCGAGAUAACCACGACUGGAAGGGCUGAGUCAUUAGUAACUUCUACGCACAUUACACGUACAAGAUACAUCCAUCAAGUUACGGCAUCCUCAACAGAGACCCUACAAGGAUUACUACGCAAAAUCCGCAGAGAACGCUCCUCCAUUCCCCGAAUGGUGCAAAGAUCAUGCCAGCAAGACCCCACAGUUCCAAUUCUGGAAUAUGACCCUCACGUUUGAGUUACUUAUUCUCAUUCUCGUGCGCUCCUUUCGACAAUUGGACUUCAGACAGUAUACAGCUGCUUUGAUAGCAAUUACCCCUUGGAUGUUCGCUCUAGAUCGAACUAAUUAUUCGCGGUGGCUACCUGUUCAUAUUAGGGACAUGGUAGAACUACCAAAUAAACACCCGCAUGUCUCCAAGGAGUUCUCGAUAAGUGGUGGAAAAUUUACAGUGCAGAAGACGACCAAUACUUUUUCUUCUAUACCACUAGACCAGGCUCAUGAACAGAAUAAUGAGUUAAUCAAAGGGGACUGCGGGAUUAUUGGAAUCACUGAGAAUCCUGGUGCGCUUUUAAAAUGGAUGGUGGCUGGACCGGAGCUGGCAAGAGUGGUGAAAGAGUUUGAGAGUACAGUAGAGGAGGACAACACCGACCAGACUGCACACCUCACCAUGAGCAAUCCGGGGCUUGUCAAUUGGGCUUCAUAAGUUAUGUUCAAUCUCUCGUUUCUACUAUAGAAAAGCUUAGAAACCCAUUUGAAGUGGAAAGCACAUACCUGACCUCACUUGUAUCAAAAGACAUAGCUGAUCCAGCAAUGAAAGCUACUUUUAACAAAAUUGAGUCAAUUGGAAAGGGGCAGUAUGAACUGUUCGUCAAAGAAAGGCUUACGGAGAGAUGUAAGCCAAUCGACGACAGCAUUUCAAGAAAUAAUCUUCCUUUUUGGAAACGAGGGGCUAGAGUUCAACAUCAAAAGAGAAAAUGAAGCUAAAAUCUGUAGAAACGGAUUGCCAGCUGUUUUCGAAGCUACAUAUCGGAUGUCAAAGUCGAGAUGGCGACCUCGAUGAUUUUCUUUCUCAUGAAAAUCAAGGCUCUCCUCUUUCAUUAUCGGAUUGUGGAGAAUUAGGUCAGGUAGCAGAUGUGCCUUAAUACAGUGCUUGGAUAAGUUGGUGGGCACAUGAGAGUAACACCCGUCGGUUGUUGUAUUGGACGGUGAAUUCUGCAUUCAGAUGCUCAAGCCACAAUUCUGUUCAUGGAAUACAGCGAGGAAGGUCUUUCUGCCCUAAAUCAAACAGUCAAUUGAAAAUGUACAAAGGCUGGAUUUGGUGUGGGAUGACUAUAUCCCUAACAGUUUGAAAGCCAGCGCAAGGUAGAAGAGAGGCACUGGCGCCAGAAGGCGAGUUCUUCCAUCUGCUAUGGUACUCCGAAAUUGGCAUGAAUUCUUACGAUUACAUAGCAACAAGAAGGAGCUGUUCCUGUUCGUGCCAGAGCAGGUCGUGAGAACAGCGAUCGAGGGCAAGCAAAUAAUAGUUAUACGAGGAGAAGAGGUACUCUUCUAUCCACCUGCGACAAGAAGGAAUGAAUUGUCACCCUGUUCGCCUGAAAAAGUAGACACAAGAAUGAUCGUUCAUAUCGCUGAUGCAGUACAAGAUGGUCACCAGUCAGUCAUGAUUCGAUCAACAGACACUGACGUGGUAGUGUUAGUUGCUUGUUACAACUUUAGACCUAAAGGAAUUAUGGGUGUCCUAUGGAACCAGAAAAAACCACAGGAUCCUACUGGCACAUCUCUUUGCAAAGGCUCCUGGUCCAUUUAAGUCAAAGUCUCUCCCCAUCUUCCAUGCCCUUACAGGGUGCGACACAACAUCCUUCUUCGAUGGGUAUGGAAAAAGAAUAGCCUGGGCAGCGUUGUAGAACCUUCCGGAUGUUACUAAGACAUUUCUCGAGCUGGCGGGGACCCCCUCUAAUAUUUCUGAGGAGAAUCUGUGCGCUAUAGAACGAUUCGUCAUUCUGAUUUGCGACAGGGCUAGCCACUUCAGCUAGGUGGGUGUUAAUUUAGAAAAAAAUCGGUUUCUUCUUGAGAACUUGUGAUUGUGGAAUGUUUGCAUUAAUUUAUAGUUACUAUUUGGUAUUUCUCCAGGUCAAUGAUGCCCGAAAGUACUUCUUCGCCAAGAAAGAGAGAGGGUUGGAAGGAUUCCCACCCCCUCGUGAGGCUCUGGAACAACACGUAAAGUGCGCCGUAUAUCAAGGAGGAUACGUGUGGGGAAGGGCAACCGCCCUCAAGCCUGUUUUUCCUGAACCCACAAAUUGGGGCUGGACCCUUGGAAGAAAAGAACAGCUGCAACCACAAUGUGUUAUGCCACUAGCAGCGGCUGUCAUCUGCAAAGAGCUGGUCCAUUGUGGUUGUAAAAAGAGUUUCAGCAGAAUAUGCAAAUUAUUGUGUAAAGGCAGACCUUCCAUGUACCCCGCUUUGUAUAUGUGAUGGACAAUGCAUUCGUGACUAAUUUGUAUAUAUUAAAUAUUCAAAGUAACGAAAAGGGCUAUGUCAUGAGGAUAUUGUUGUUUUGUGCCAAUUCUCUGCUGAAGCUUAGUGUCUUUACCCAUGACCGAAAAAAAUGCUCCAGUAGAGUUGGGGAAAAGGAAACAUCAGGGAGCACAAACCAUUGUAUAUUUUUUGGUGAUUUUAGCAGGCACGGCAUUAAAACUUGAAAAUGUUGGCCCAACGUUUCCUUGUUUUGCUUUAGAUCCUAAUAACAAAAUUAAGCCAUUAUUGUUAGAAUUCAACUGCAACGAGGACACAUUUUAGGUUUUUCAAAAAGAAAGUAACUGGUGUGACACAGCCCCUUUAAUUUUUAUUUUCCCGUUGCCAUGGCAACACAUCGUUAAGUGGCAUGUAAUAAUGAAGACGUACGUGCAAGACAGAUUAAUUAGUAUUUCAGGAUAAACUAGGACAAGGAGCAAUUUUCAUAAAUCUUAAUUAAUUGCGGUUUCUAUGGACAACGACGUAUUCCAUGCUUGGCACUGUGUCUGAAAAUGUUUGUAUCGGCAGACUUCUAUGAGUGUGUCAAAUUUCAUGUUUAUAUCAAAAAGUGCACAAUUCACCUGAAAUUUGGAGCUAAGCCGCCGGACUAAAAACGAAUUAAGGUGAAAUUGAUGUCCGAAAAUAUCGCAGGCGCGUGUGUUUGCAGCAUGCGCACAGAGUUCAACUUACGUGACAACGUGCAAUUGUAUCGUUUUCGAAUGAUUUAGUGUGGACAGACGAAAAAGCAUCAGAACGGUAGUUUUGACGUGAAUCGAUCGAUGUGUUUUCGAUGACAACAAAAACGCAUAGUUUUGAGAACGCAUUUGAGUGUCUACAGGGCCAAAAAUAUUUUAAGGGGCCCUAAAACCCAGACAGUGAGGUAGUGAAAGGGUUAUGAGUGCUUAAAAACCGUAGGCGAAAGCCCUUAAGCUUGUAUUGCAAUCGGAAUCGGUCAUGCAAAAGACUUGAAACAUGAGAUCGUUUGCAAUUUCCAGAAGGAAAAAUAACAAGGGCCCACAUGUACGCCUUAGCCCACCGUCAUAAACAGUUGAUACUUAUUACAGCAUGAAAACGUGCGUUUUGAACUGAAUAAAAUUAUUCUGCCUUUCUUUUUGUCGCUUACAGGGUCGUUGUUAGCCGUAAUCUUUGGUGUAUGGGUUCUAGCUUCAUUCGCUGGAUCGAUGGUAGAGUUUCCUCUGCAGACUGGUGUGAAAGGUUUGAUAAUAACUGUGACAUUCCUCUUCGUUCCACUUAUCGUUAUUUUGGCAGCUUAUGGCAAGAUUUUUCGCAUAGCUAGAGCGCAUGCUCAUGGCAGAGGCACGAGUUCCUUCAAAAAGGUACCACUGUUCAAGCCCUGUUGAAAUGGAUUGACAAUGUUGGUUCAACAUCCAGUAUUGCUGGAUGUAACCUUUGAGAUCCUUUUGAAAAUCUUGUUGGGCGGUGUUGGGUGCUGAUGAUGCUAGACCGUGCUUAAACGAGUUCAAACGUUUCAUCGAACAUUACCUAACACUUAGUUUAUUUUCGUUCCCAAAUACACAAUAUUUUUCCAUCAUACAUUUAAAAAUAAUAAUAAUAAGCCUGAAUCAUUGGAUAAUGCAAUUCGAGCGUUUUGAUUGGCUUAGCCAUCAUGGUACAUGAGCCAUUAUACCAUGAUCUCCAUAUGUGGUCAGUGUACGCGUCAGUUCAAACCUGGGACUGAUCAAAUAAAGAAUAUAAAUCACAAGCAACUAACAGGCUAUGCAGUCAUUCACUACAACAAUCAGGCGUUAGUAUAGAUUCUUCUCUCGUUAAGCAAAACCAGCUGGCGGCUUCAAACAACUUCAUAACAAGCUUUGCAUGAGUUUCUGAAUGGCAACCGAGGGAAUAGUUUUCCUCCAUCGUUCUCACUUUUGUAACUGCGCCAAAAAUCCAAAUUCACAGUAAUUUCGACGGCUACACUUAAAAAUUCUUUUUGUAAAUGAAGGUAAAUGAAGACAUGGGACCCAAAUGAUUCAGUAAAAAAGUGAUGGAUGGGUCAGCACUUAGGCACUAGAAAGAUGAGACUUUGGUAGAUACAUACAUGUGUGGUUUCUGUCAAUUUGGAGAUUUUCAAUUAUGCAAAUGUUGUCACGUGACUCCACACGGUCAGAAAACAAUAAAAAGUCUUUAAACAAAACUGGCAACACUUUUUGUUGUGAGUUAUUAAACCGGACUGGUUUAGGACAAUGUGUAAUGCAAGCAUCUACAAAACUGUGCUUGGCCUUUUUUGAAUUUGUUACUGUUUUACAAAAUAAACGGUUUUUUCAACUAGACCCAGUCCCCCAAGGCGUUUUUAUCAGAUCUUAACGCCUUCGCUUUUAAACGGCCUUAACAUUAUGCAACCGUUAAAAAAUUGAGGACACACGAAAAAGUGUUGCGGUUUAAAGAACAAUCUUUUUCAGCCGAUGGAUGUCACGUGACCUAAUUUGCAUAAUUUUAAAGCACGAAAUUGUUGGCACAAACUAAAAAUGUGAGCAGCUGGCAAAGUUUUAUGUGUCUACAUCUAAAGCUGUAGACCACCCCCUCACUUUUGAAGUGAGCAAACUGAGGCAAAUUGAGGCCCAUGCCUUAAUUUACCCGAGUUCUCAUUACCUGGGAGUUUUUUAGCUGCCAUGCUGUGUAAAAUCCUAGAAUCCCGAUGAAUUUUUAAAAUUGUUCAAGCUAAUGAUGUAUUGAUUUUUCAUUCAUGAUAAUUCAUCCAGUCCGUUCGCGCGUUGAGAGUUUUGACAGACGUGUGACAUGUGAAAAGCGGAAGUCCCUUGUCUUUUCCGGCUUGUUCUAACAAAAUAAAGUCGGAGAGAUUCAUCGAGAUUUUGUAGGCGUUUUUAAUAAAACAAUUAUUCCACUCGCGCUUGUUGGAUAUGAGAUGAUUAUAGCCAUCGUUGGCUAUCUACCAUCUCAUAUCCAACGCCAGUGGCGGAUCCAGGGGAGGGGCCUCAUAAACUUUAGGAUCUCAUAAACUUUACAAAAAAUGCACAAUACACACAAUUGUAAAAACUGUUUAAAUGUACAAGAUAUUAACUCAAAUUCAUUUAAAUUACAAAUUUAAAAAGAUUACGUUUAACGACAACAACUUUUCAUCGUUUCCAUCUUCUAACGCGUACAAACCAAAGAGAUGACGUCAGGUUUUCAAAACUAAAUGUAGUGGUGUUACUGCAAAGUAAGGGGACGUAAAAAAACCCGACACCACUGUCGAAAGGAGUAUAGGACUGUUGGUCUAAAAAUUUUUGCAUAUUACUUUAUUAGCCUUUUAAUUGUCGGAAGGCCAGAGUAACCGCAAUAGCGUUUAGCCAGGUACUGGGGUCCCCGAACACUCUAACGCUACUAACCCCUCCCCCUCCCCCCAGGAAAGUUAAGCCACAUCUAUAGGGGUUCAAGACGGCACCCCUUUUAAAAAACUCCUAGUCUCUUGUAACUUUGCUGCACAUUUUCUUCCCUUCCCCCCCUCCACCUCCCAGUUGCUUACAUGUUAAAAGGUACCAAGGACAAUAAAGAUCUUUCUACGCCCAAGUUUAAUGGCAGGCUGUGUUUUGGUUUCAGGAUUUGCGUAUUGCUAAAACGGUGGCAGUAGUGACAGGCCUUUUUAUCAUUUGUUGGACGCCGUUUUUUGGCAUCAACUUUGCGGUCGGACUUUGUUCGUCCUCAAGCAUCGGGUGUGAAGUGCUAACCAAAAUACCACUAACGUUCAUAGUACGGAUAAUUAAAUGGCUUCAGUACGGGAACUCGGUGUGUAAUCCCAUCGUUUAUGGCCUCCGCAACCGCGAAUUUCGGCAAACGUUCCGCAAGAUUUUACUGGGAUGGUGCGGUAAAAAGGCGCCAUUGUAUGACAAC